GUUUGAGGAAGAGCUUCCGGGUAGACCAAUAUGGCGGCGCCCACAGAGCGGCGUGGUGAAUAGUGAAGAGAGUCUGCUCUAUAACGCAUCUUAAUCAUGGCUGGGCUCACCCUGUUUGUUCGCGGGCUUCCAGAGAGCGCCAGCAACGAGCGCUUGGAGCAGAUCUUUAGCGAGAGCGGCCCGGUCAGACAGAGCUUUGUAGUACGUGAGAAAGGUACAGAAAAAUGCCGUGGCUUUGGCUAUGUCACUUUCUCCAUGAUGGAGGAUGCACAGCGCGCAAUGAAGGAAAUUAAGGAGUACGAGGGGAGAAAAAUUGAGGUACAGGUGGCUAAAAAAAAGCAAGUGGAGAAAAACAAAAAGGCAAAAUGUGAAGAGUCCAAUGAAAAUGCUAAAGAAGUUAAAAAGCCCAAAGAUGCAAGAGGUGCACAGAAAAAGGCCAGGCUUAUUAUUAGAAACCUAAGUUUUCAGUGCUCAGAAGAAGAUCUCAAGGAACAUUUUUCUAAUUUUGGAUAUGUGUUAGAGAUCAAUAUACCCAAAAAGUCAGAUGGCAAGAUGCGCGGUUUUGCUUUUGUGCAGUUCAAGAACAUGUUGGAAGCUAGUAAAGCUCUGAAAGGCACAAACAUGAAGAGUAUAAAAGGUCGGACAGUUGCUGUUGAUUGGGCUGUUGCCAAGGAUAAAUAUACAGCUACACAGGAAACCGCUUCAGCAGUUAAGAAUGAAAGUAGCAAGGAGUUAGACACUGCUCAUAAAGAAGAUGAAGAGGACAAGGAGGGAGAGGGCUCAUUAGAGGAAGAGGAAAGCAUGGAAACAGAAGAGGAGUCAGAGCAGACAUCAGAGCGGAAGCAAGCUACAAAACAAAAAAUGCCCAUGAAAGAGUCUAAUGUAUCCAGCAGUGAGGGAGAGGAAGAUGAUGAUGAUGAUGAUGGUGAUGGCGGCGAUGGCAAAGAUGAUGAUGAUGAUGAUGGCGGCGAUAAUGAUGAAAUAGAUGAGGAGAAGAGUGAUAUGUCUACAGACUCUGAACAGGAUAGUGACAUGGAAGAUGAUUUUGAUUCAGAAGACUCUGAAGCAGAAAUGCAGAAGAAAGGCAAAAGUAAAGAAAAAAAACCCAAAAUCCAACUGCCAUCUGAUGUCAAUGAGGGUCGAACUUUAUUCAUCAGGAACCUGUCAUUUAACUCUGAAGAAGAAGACCUAGAGGAAAUAUUGUUGAGGUUUGGUAACAUUAAAUAUGUCAGGAUAGUGUUGCACCCAGUCACAGAACACUCCAAAGGUUGUGCUUUUGUUCAGUAUGUGGAAAAACAAGCAGCGGAGAGGUGUCUGGCAGCCGCUAAUGACCAGUCUGAGAAUGGUGGCCUGAAGCUCGAUGGCAGAAAGUUGUUGGUAAAUCUAGCAGUGAGCAGGGAGGAAGCUGGGAAACUGAGGGAAAACAAAGUCAAAAAACCCUCAGGAAUUAGGAACCUCUACCUGGCCAGGGAAGGACUUAUCCGAGAAGGGACAAAAGCUGCAGAGGGUCUGAGUCCUGAAGAUCUGGCAAAAAGAGCUCGGUUUGAGGAGAUAAAGCGCCAGAAGUUAAAAUGUCAGAACAUCUUUGUUUCCAAAACACGCCUCUGUGUUCACAACAUCCCUAAAUCUGUAGAUGACAAGAAACUGCGUCAGCUGUUCCUUACUGCAUCUGGAGGGGGAUCCAGUGUACGGAUCAAAGAGUGUCGAGUGAUGCGGGAUUUAAAAGGCAUUGGUGGAAACCACAAAGGUCAGUCUUUGGGAUAUGCCUUUGUGGAAUUUCUUGAGCAUGAACAUGCACUGGCAGCCCUCAGAAGUGUCAACAACAAUCCAGAUAUCUUUGGUCCAAAAAAAAGACCAAUUGUGGAAUUCUCUCUGGAAGAUAUGAAUAAACUGAAGCUUAAGGAGAAAAGGGCACAGCGCAGCCUGGAAGUCUUAAGGCAGAAACAAGCAAAGGCUCAAGCUUUUGGUGAGGCAGUGCAAGUUCAGGGGAAUCCUAAGAAGAAGAAAUUAAGAAAAGAUGAAACCUCCUCUGUCCCUGCACAGCAUUCUGCAGGGACACAAGCUUCCCAUAAUCCUGAUGUGAAAGGUGGAAACAAAGCAGAGUUUAAAACCAAAGGCAACACAGUUGAUAAGCCAACUACCACAAGCAAAUGGAAAGCUCCAGAGGGAGCACAGCCUAGUAGUGCUCGUAAUAACACAGCAACAAAAGGAAAGUAUGCCAAAGCAUCUGCUCCAUGGUCUGGAUUCGUUACCAAAGAGGAAGCAGAACAAGAGGAACUUCCUGAUGGAAAAAAGAGAAAGAAGGUCCUACCUUUGCCUUCUCACAAAGGCCCCAAAAUCAGGGCACGGGACAAAGGGAAGGUUCACCAGCUUCCCCCAAAGAAACCAAAAACUCAGCCUAAGAGCCACAAAGAUAAGCAACAAAACACGAUUACCAAACAGGUUCUGGGAAAGAAAAAGCUUGCACAAAAAAGCCGCGAAGAAGCACGGUUCAGCCAACUGGUAGAACAGUACAAGCGCAAAAUCAUGGGCAAGCCUGUAGGUGCUGCCCCAGUUAAAAGGAGCAAGUGGUUUGAGGAUUGAUUUUGUACAUAUAUAUUGGCUUAGUCCUUCCCUCCUGAAUGCAUUUAGUUUCUAAGUGCAAAAUGAGUCUGCACACAUAACCACUUAAGGCAAGUUUUUUUGCUUAUAAGUAUGUGCUGAAUAGAAUCUGUCCGACAUAUCUGAUGAAGGAUCUAGAGUUGUGCCUAAGGAAAAAUCUAUAAGCCAGGAACAAACUGCAGCUUUUAAAAAAGAGUUUGAAUAACUGUUAGAUCCAGCAGAUGUUAAGUUGCAUUUGUAUGUUAUGGAGGUUUAUGUUUUGGUAUUGGAUGAUAUCGUUUUGCUUUGUUAAAAAAAAAAAAAA